AUGUUGACACGGACGUGUUUUCUGCUCGAAUUUUUAUGAAUUUUUGAAAUAAGCAUUUUUGAGGUGUGUGUUAGUGUGUAGUGCGUGUGUUGUUGUUGUGUCUUAUUUUGAGUUAUCGCGAUUUGCGUCUAAAAGUGCAAUUAGUGUCGCAAAAAUUGUGUGCAAUGAAUUGAGAAAUUGCCUGAGGCUAUAGCUAAAACCGAAAGAUCAACAUAUUGAAUUGAAAAAGUUAUAACAAAAGUGUUAAACAUUUGAUUGAAUUAAUUAUAUUGUGAAUGCUCCAGCAACUGCACAGCUGAUAUUUUCAAAAGAUUUAACAGCAAGCCGACCGCUUGCAGAUUUGGAUUCGUUAAAAAUUGAAAAAUCAGCAGAGUACAGGACAAACAGGACAAGGACAAGGCCCAAAUCCGCGGACAACAGACCCCAGACUCAACAACAGACCUUAAGGACAAAUGCAAUAAGCUGCAGCGACGCACAAAGCCAUAAACAAAGCGGAAUCUAAGCUGAGACGUGAAGAGAGGAAGAGGAAUAACAAACAGCAACUUGGUUGCCAGCAGCCGCCAGAAUUGCUUUCUUGUACUUUGGACAAACGUGCGCCGCGGCUGCGCCGUUGACGUUGCCGUUGCCGUGUCCGUUGCCCGUGUCCUUGCCCACAUCAUCCUCAGUCGGAUCCGUAUCCGCAUCCGCAACCGCAACCGGAGCGCCAUCGGCGGCGACGGCCACAAUGAAGCUGUCAAAACUGUCCAACCAGACGAACUCACAGGAUCCGCAGGCGGUUAACUCGCGCAUCUUUGUGGGCAAUCUGAAUACAUUUCAAUGCUCCAAAACGGACGUGGAGCGCAUGUUUCAGAUCUACGGCCGACUGGCGGGCAUCUCCAUGCAUAAGGGCUAUGCCUUUGUGCAGUUUACCAACCCGUUCGAUGCUCGCAACGCCUGUCACGGCGAGGAUGGCAAGACGGUCCUCAGCCAGACCUUGGAUGUCAACAUGGUUGCCGAGCCGAAGGCGCAUCAAAUUGGCAGAAAACGGCAAAAUGUCAGCAAAACUGGCAACGAUUGGGAUUACUUCUACGACAGCUAUUGCUCCUCGGCAUUGUUGCGGGGAGGUGGAGGAGGCGUCAAUGGAGUGCGACCAAAGAAGCGUAAGCGUCUGAUGACCAGCAACAACAGUCUGGCAGCGGCUGUCCAACAGCAACAGCAGCAACAUGGCCAACAUCAUCAUAGUGCCGCUGCUGUGGCAGCUGCAGCUGCUGCUGCCGUGCAUCAUCAGCAACAGCAGCAGGCAGUGCAGCAGCAACACCAGCAACAUCAGCAUCAGCAACAGCAGCAUCAUCAUCAUCACCAGCAGCAAGUAGCUGCUGUUGCCAUGGCGGCAAUGGCCAAUUUGUUGCCACAGCAACAGCUGUUGCUGCAUCAGCAGAAUCUGCUGUCGAAUGCAGCGGCAGCAGUGGCCACUACAGCGGCAACAACAUCAGCGCCCAGUGCCCUUCACUGGUCACAGUUCAAACAGGAACAACAGCAGCAGCAGCAUCAACAGCAGCAGCAGCAACAGCAGCAACAACAACAGCAACAUUUUGUGGCUGCUGCUACGGGUUUCCAGUUGAAGAGCGUUAUCGCCGGACAGUCAACGACAUCGCCACAGAAUACAAAGUCAGCAAUAAUUGCAAAUCAAACAGCGCUCGUGGAGCCGUACGGUGCCUUUUCCCAGCAGCCGUCGCAUCACCAGCAACAUCAGCAACAGCAGCAACAACAGCAGCAACAACAACAGCAGCAGUUGGGUUGCCUGUUGCAACCGUUGACUUUGGCAUUGUCCCCACAGCAACCGCAGCCGCUACAAUUGCAUAGCCAAUUGAUGCAGCAACAACAGCAUCAGCAACAGCAACAGCAACAGCAGCAACAACAACAGCAGCAGCAGCAACAGCAACAACAGCUACAGCAGCAUCAACAACAACAGCAACAACAACAGCUGGCACAGGAGCAAUUAAGUUUGCAUCAACACUGGGGACCAUUCAAAGUCUACAGCAAUCCGGAUACAUUAAUUUGCGGCAAUUGCAGGGAAUGCUUCAGCGAGCUGUCUGAGUUAUUGGACCACAAGAAAAGUUACUGCAAGCUGAGGUUCACAUGCAAGUGCCAGGAUGUGGCAUUUGCCGCAAAAACGCCGCCAACGAGCGCCAAAUUGCUUUGCGCCGUUUGCAAGGAUGCAUUCGCCAAUCCUUGGGAUUUGAUGGUGCACGCACAGGCCGCACACAUGGUUAACAUUUACGAGCUGGGCGAUGAGGUCGCUGCCACCGCUGGCGUCGCCACCGCCACCGCCACCACCAACGCCAACGCCAUUGUCAAUGGCAACAGCAACGGCAACAGCAACAGCCCCAACACUGGCAACAACAACAAUGCAAACGAUGCAACGGCAAUUGCAACCAAUGGACAUGGAAUGGUUACGCCGUCGACGGCCGUUGUUGCCACUCCUGUCUCUGUCUCUGUUGCUGCUGCCUCUGCUGAUGAGGCAACAACCAUAACAAAGCGCAUGCCAACGUCAGCAACACUUAACAAGGAGCCAAAUAACAAUAACAAAAUUAGCAACAAUAACAACAACAACAACAACAGCAGUAACAAUAACAACAUCAAUGGACACAUGUCCCCUACUGCCGACGAUGCACUAGCAACAAAUGGCAUUGAUGUUGCUGCCGACGACAACAACAUUGCUGCUGUUGCAGCUGCAGUUGCAGUUGCAGCCAACGAUGGCCAUGUCAGCAGCGAUACUGAGACACACUCAUUGGACGCCAAGUUUGGUCUUUGUGGCAGCCCCAAGGAGGAUCAGCAGCGUGAUGAUAUGUCGUUGGAUGGACGCCUCUCCAGCAGCUCGCAGACCCAUCACUCCGAUGACAUCAACAUGAGCAUCAAGCUCCUCGACGGUUCGGUAUCCUCGCGUGGCAGCUCCCCCGGCUUGGAGUCGGAUGAACCGCCGGCAACACGCGCCUGCAUUGUGCGUACCCUGAGCAUUGGGGCCGCUGGAUCUGCAACUUCGCCCACUGCGAAUGCCUUGAGUCUGAUGUCGAAUGGCCUCACUUUGGCACUAGCACCGCAAUAAGCCAACAUAUUAUCUAGACAUAAAUAUAAAUCUUAACUGAAGUCAUAUUUGGAUAUUAUUAAGUGUCAACAAAUAGAUAGAUGUGCAUGCAGAUACAGUAUUGAAAAUACUCGUAUUGCUUUUGGCUUUUGUGUAUUCGGAAAUGCUAUAAUCGUAUGGACGAUGCAAGUGCAAUUUAUUCAGUAUUUUUGUACUAGACUUAAACUGAAAGAGAGACAGUUUAAACAAAAAAAAAUGAACGUAAAUUACAGCAAAACAUAUCAUUUUAAAUUAGAAAUUAGAUAUUAUUGUAGCUAUAACAAUUACAAAUAAUUACAAAUAUAAAUAUAUAAUGUGUAUCCAUCUAUAUGUCAUGUAUUGUCUGUCUUAAUUAUUGUGUUCAGGCGAAAAGUAUUUUGGGUUUCAAACUGCAUAUGAGAACAUAUAGGUAAAAGAAAAAAGAA